GGCACUAUUGGAGAUGUCUUAGGUCCUGGGCAUCCUAGCUCGUGCGUCUCUCACCCGGUACCUGCUCCUCGGCGCCUCCCCAACCAAGCCUCCGCACCUUCCUCCCGACGCGCCCCUCAUGGCGAGGAGGCGCUGCUGAUGCCUCCCGGCGUCGGAUUGGACGCGGCGGCCACGACACCUAGCCGCUUGCGGUGGUGCUCGCCGAGCUCUAGGCGCCUAAUCCGCCGACGCUGCUCCUCGGAUCCUCCCCGAGAGAUUCAGGCCUCGUCUCGUCUCGUCCUGCCUAGCAGUUCAAUCGACUUCCCCAAGUGCCCGACCCCUACAAGGUAGUGCGCGUGCGUCGCCCCAACCCCUUGCAUGCGCUGACGCUAACCCUAUCUAGGAGACGGAGUGGCGCGCCAGCGGCCACGCCGGCGAAGAGAGGACGACAGCGUGCAAGAAGAGAAGGCCUGUGUCAGGGGCAGCUAUAGGUGGCAGGUGCAAAGAUAGGCAACAAGUGUUCAACAACACGACUGUGGAUCAAUUGACCUGCAUUUCAGCUUUUCAGUUGAGGAUUAAAGUGGAGCUUUAAGAAGCUUGAAAAUUGACAUUAUCUCAAUAAUACAUUGAAGUGCAAGAUGCCAAAAAUAAAGAAUCUCUCUAAUGCAUGCAAAGUAUCAUUUUCUCCGGAAGGUCCCAUAUCUGAAGAGGUGCUUGAGAGAGUCCGUGCACUGUUAGAUGAGAUAAGACCUCUAGAUGUUGGCCUAGAUAAUGAAGCACAAAUUGCACGCAAUUGGAGUAGUACUACGCGUCCAUCAAAUGGGAGACGAGGACGUAAUGGGGCUAACCAGUUCACUGCUCCAAUCAAAUAUUUGCACAUUCAUGAAUGUGAAAGUUUCUCUAUGGGUAUAUUUUGUAUGCCACCUUCUUCAGUUAUUCCACUUCAUAAUCAUCCUGGAAUGACAGUACUUAGCAAGCUUCUUUAUGGAAGACUGCAUGCUGAGUCUUAUGACUGGGUUGAUGUACCUGAUCAUCCUAUUGAUCAAUUGCAACCAAGGCCAGCCAAGCUUGUUAAAGAUUGUGAAAUGACGGCUCCAGAGACAACUAUUCUAUACCCUAAUGCAGGUGGUAACAUCCACACAUUCAGAGCCAUCACACCUUGUGCUCUCUUCGACGUCCUUUCUCCGCCAUACUCCGCUGAGGAUGGGCGGCACUGUUCAUACUUCCGCAAGUCUCAAAUGAAUCAACCAUCUGUUGUUUUGCCUGCUGAGAUAGAUAGCACACAAGUAGUUUGGUUGGAGGAGUUGGAGGACCAUCAGCCCCCAGAAGGCUUUGUUGUUGCGAGAGGUAUGUAUAAAGGCCCUGUAAUUAGGAGAUAAUUUGCUUUGGGGCACAGAAUCCACCAAACUGCAAAUCAGCUGAAAGACGAUAUUGCAAGCAUCCUCAGGUCAUGUGCAGCCUACGGUUUACUUUGUACAUGUCAAAGUGACCUGUGAUAAUUCAACAGCAGUUUUACAGGACAAGAAUGGAUGUUUUUUUGUUUGGUUGCUUUUUUAAUUGUGUCCCACUGCUGUAGUAUCUCUGACCUAGUUAUGGAGCUCUUAUCAGACCAAGACCGUGGAGCACCUACUUUUGAGCAUAGUCUAGCAUAUUGUCAUGAUGUAUUGAUGUACUAGGGACAUCAAUGGACAACCUUUUCCAUUUGGUGAUUUCAGAAAGAGUUUGGUUGGGGCUACCAUUUUGUCUGUGUAAUAGCACCAUUACUAUUUUUGGGCAAGACUGUAAAUUACGGGGGAGGAACUGUAAUAAUAUCGUUAGAUUUAUCAUGAAAUAUAUUUUCACGAUAUACCUAUCAUUUUUAA